CACUGCAUGUUGUAAACAGGGUCGCCACGGACCUUUCUACUGUAAACUCCAUUUUGAAUGUUUUUAUGGUUUAGGGAUUUAUGGCACGCCUCUUUUCUCAUGGCCGCAAACGAGAAAAUUGCCUGGAUUACCCAGAUGGGGUUAUGAAUUCGGAUUAAAACGCUGGACGAUAUCGGAUCUGGGAUCUUUUUUUACGCAGUUUGCGAUUUUUCUUGCUCUUCUGAAACGACCUCAGACUGCAGUGAAGGCUCUCAUGUUGUUGCUAAUCGCUUCCACACAAAAACAAUGUCAGAUGAUGCAACAAAUCAAAACAGGAACGUAAAUAUAAAAAGUAGUGCAAGAUGGAUCAAGGAGGACAGAAGAACGGCGCCAAGAAAGAUGAGCGUUUGAAUACUUUGGAUUAUAGCAACAACCCAGUCGAGGGGAUUUUACGAAGCGGAAUACAAAGCGCCAUGUCUGUCGCCCCCACGUCCAUGGUUCCUCAACCCAGUCCACUGAUGCAGCCAGUUUCCGCUGACCUUCCCAAUGGCCUGAGCAAUUCACCCACUCUUGAGGAGCACAGCACCUCCACUCUUGGCAUCUUUGCAGAGGAUUCAGAGCUCAAAGCCAUUGGGAAGGAGCAACGGGCUCAACAACAACAAGCCCAGGGCUCUUACACUUUGGGGGACAGCUUCUCAAGUCUGGAGGCCAGCAUUGCAGACCUCAAUAGCGCCUCCCCUUCAAUGGACUCCCUGAUCGGUGGAGUCGACCCCAAUCUCUUUCCUUUAAAAACAGAGGACUUUUCUCCCUUGGAUAAAGGCGAUAUGGACCUUGACCAAGAUUCCUUUGGUCCCAUUGGGAAAGAUGUUGAUGUUGGCAAUCAUAAGCUCUUUAGUGACAACACUCUAGACCUCCUGCAGGACUUUGAGUUGGACGGAUCGCCCUCUGAUUUUUAUGUAGCGGAUGACGCGUUCCUCUCCACCAUAGGUGAUGAUGCUCUACUUGGAGACUUGACAACUAAUACAGAGAGGGAUUCAAAGGCCACGAUCUCGGUGAGCAGCACAGUCAACGGCAUGAGCACUUCCAGCCCCUCCAACACCACCACCAGCUUGGCCACUGUGAAGGUGGAGAAGGACUCUAUAAUCCAGCUGUGUACUCCAGGGGUCAUCAAACAGGAGAACGCUGGUGGGACUAACUACUGUCAGAUUGGUCUCCACAGCACACCCAUUAACAUUUGUGGUGUCACCACUUCAAGUGGACAGAGCUUCCUCUUUGGGACCGGCUCGUCCACAGCUGCUGUCAGUCAGCAGAAAGAUCAGAAGCCUGUCUUUAACGUGUACACCCCUCUGACCUCUUCAGAAGACAGAUGGAGCCGGGGCCAGGGCUUUGGGAAUGCAAGUGGAAUGCAACAGAGGGCCAGCGAAUGCUUUUCCAAAAACUUCUCAAGCCCCUAUGCCAGACCUGAAGACAGCACUGCCACAUCCUCAGCUGUUGGAAAGUCCGGCACCGGCGUACACAAGAUCUGUCUGGUGUGCUCCGAUGAAGCUUCGGGCUGCCAUUAUGGAGUCCUCACCUGUGGAAGCUGUAAAGUCUUCUUUAAGAGAGCAGUUGAAGGGCAACACAAUUACCUGUGCGCUGGACGGAACGAUUGCAUCAUUGACAAAAUCCGCCGGAAGAACUGCCCUGCCUGUCGUUUCCGCAAAUGCCUCAUGGCAGGCAUGAACCUAGAGGCCCGUAAAACCAAGAAGGGGCGUCAAACAGGAAAGGUAAUCCAGCAGCCGACGAUUCCAGAGCGCAAUCUUCCUCCACUGCCCGAAACGCGGUCACUGGUACCCAAACCCAUGCCUCAGCUAGUGCCCACCAUGCUGUCACUACUAAAGGCCAUUGAGCCGGACACCAUCUACGCCGGAUACGACAGCACCAUACCGGACACGUCCACCCGCCUCAUGACCACUCUGAACAGGCUGGGCGGCCGGCAAGUCAUCUCUGCAGUCAAAUGGGCCAAAGCUCUGCCAGGGUUCCGGAACCUUCACCUGGACGAUCAGAUGACCCUCCUGCAAUGUUCCUGGCUGUUCCUCAUGUCUUUUGGACUGGGUUGGAGAUCAUACCAGCAGUGUAAUGGAAACAUGCUGUGUUUCGCUCCAGACCUGGUGAUCAAUGAAGAGAGGAUGAAGUUGCCCUACAUGAAUGAUCAGUGUGAACAGAUGCUGAAGAUCUCCAAUGAGUUUGUGAGACUGCAAGUGUCCAAUGAGGAGUACCUGUGCAUGAAAGUCCUUCUGCUCCUGAGCACAGUACCGAAGGAUGGUUUGAAGAGCCAGUCAGUGUUUGAUGAGCUGCGAAUGUCUUACAUUAAAGAACUGGGCAAGGCCAUUGUGAAGAGAGAGGAGAACUCCAGCCAGAACUGGCAGCGAUUCUAUCAGCUCACUAAGCUACUGGACUCCAUGCACGAUAUGGUGGGUGGACUCCUGAACUUCUGUUUCUACAUGUUUGUGAAUAAAUCCCUCAGCGUGGAGUUUCCCGAAAUGCUCGCGGAGAUCAUCAGCAAUCAGUUACCAAAAUUCAAAGCUGGGAGCGUCAAGCCGCUGCUCUUUCACCAGAAGUGAAUCUCCUCCCAGCAGCAGGACACGAUGCCUUAAACAUCCACCCCAUCCCCUCACUCCAACUCCACCCGACACAGCAGAGGGAGGCGGAGCUACGGCGCGAGGAGGGUGAGGGGUGGGGACAGUAUGCAACCCAGCACGGAACUCCAUGAUUGACCAGAAUAGAGUCGGAGGAAGAGACGGGUAAUUAGAGGUUCUAAAAAGCUAACAAAUGGCUGAACUGUUGAAAUGACAUAACCGUGAAUCUCAUGGAUAGGUUAUCCCAUAUAUGUCGUCUCAGGUGUUUGACUCCCAGAAUCAACUAUUAGUAGAAGAAAUCUUAUUGUCUAAGGUCACUUACUAUGUAGUGUUCCACAGGUCUUUUAUUUUUGGAGCAGAUGCAGCACUUACGGAACAGUAUGCGCAGAUUAUAUCGUCUCUUUUACCGAUUUAUCUUCACAUAGCAUACUUUUUAACUUCAGAUGAUAACAGUUUAAAAUAAUCAUUUCAAAUAAUAUGUACAGAGAUAACGGCUUCAGCUUGGUUUGAGAAAAUAAAACGCGUUUUGUAUAACAACAUAUCAUCACAGUUUUAAAACAAGUCAUGUCAUUAACAGAACUGCAUAUAUAUAUAUAUAUAUAUAUAUAUAUAUACAGAAAAAGGGAAAAUAUGUGCCUUUUUUUUAGCUUGUUUCCUUUUUAACCGUUCGCCCGCACCAGACACCCAUUGUUUUAGGACUUCUUCAUAGUUGAUUGUACUUUUAUACCCACUUGCACUUGUAAUUUUAAAAUAACAGCUGUUUUCUUUUUCUUUUCUUUUUUUUUGGCAGCUCUGUAAUCAUUAGUGUGAAAUUCAAAAAAGUGAUCCUUAUCGAUGCAUCUAACGAUUAUUUUUACACUGAUUGGUCAGUCGAGAAAUGCAAAUCGAGCACUUUCACUUCUUGUAAAUGCUUUAAAGUGGCUGGUUUAGGUUUGUUCUGCAGAAAGGUGUAUUCAUGUCGAAGAAAGCCAUUUAUUAUUAAUUUCACCUGUUAAUUGAUAGAGGAAUUAUGCAAUGUGAAACAUGACUUUUUGUUUUUUAUUGUGUGUGUCGUAAUUGUUCCUUUAUUGCUGGCUUACAUAGUAAUGCCACGGGAUACAACCAAAACAGAGGUUGCGGAUUACAUUCUGAAUUCAUACAGAUUUUUUUGAAUAGUCAGAUACCGUACAAUCACGCUCAGCUACACCAAACAUCAACUCAGGCCCAUUUCAUUUAUAUUUGCAGCACUUCUCAAACUCUAGAUUUCUGUAUGUUUUUUAACCUUUUUUUUUUUAAUCAGGUCUAAUCCAUUAAACUAACCUUGGCUGUCUGAUCGUUCAGUCAGUCGAACCGUGGCGCUGGAGCAGGGUUAACUCUGGGAAUUUCUACUCACCUGUUUUGUUAUUUCUGUGCCAAACGUAUAUUGCUUUCAAUUUGUACAAUAUAAAACUGUGCUUGUCUUAACAGUUGUCAAAAGUAUAUAUAUUCAAGAGAGGGAAAAGAUGAGAAUAUUUUAAAUUUCUUCCGUGGAAUCUUGUUUAAUACAUGAAUAAAAAUCAGAUGAUAUCUCCAGCUUCAAACUGCUUAGCGUUGCAUUGUGUGGUACAGAUUUAGCGAUCAACACUUAUUUUCAAAAUCUAAUCAAUAUCUGAGCAGCACUUUUCACUUUGCUCUUUUGUUCCUACAGAUAUAUAUGAUACAAAUAAACAGAUGUAUUUACAUGAACUUUUGCAACAUGUCUAAUAAAAUGUUCUCUUAGACCCUAUA